UUUUUUUGGAGAUUUUUUUGAAUAAAAAACAAAAAGAACCUCUCCUAGGCCUCCCCCUUUUCAGAAAAAAUAUCGUAUACUUUUCAUGGAAACGACUAACAUUUCUUACAAAAUCUAGUCCGGUUCUAUUCUAAAAUUUUUUUUUCGUGAAUUAAGACAAAAAAUGUUCCACAGAAAAAAUUCCCUGCUCUAUAUUAGGGAUGGGCUGGGUGAGAAACAAGUCGGAUUCGGAUCGAGUUUUCGAAAAUUUUCUUCGAAUCGGAUUUUUGAUUAAAAAAGCUUUGGGUCAAGAAAAGGUCAGGGUCUCGGACAACCCGGCCCUUUCGGAUAAUCCCCUCAAUUCCUCCUCUAUAUGUCCUAAAAUUUAUUUUUCUUUCUAGAAAGCAGCAUCAUCCAAAAAACAUCCCUGUCCUCGUCUCUUAUCAAAAAUAUAUUCAGAAAUCAGCAACAGCAGUCGAAGAGACGAUAGCAAAUCUAUCACAAAUCCAUAUAUUGCCUUUCGUAGAAGGCUCGACAAAGUCCAAACACGCAAAAAACAGCGAACAGAAUUAUCAACUUAUGAAAAAUUGCUUCAAAUAAAUUUUGUAAUGAAACGUUCAAUUGUACUAACUGGGAUAAUGGCACAAAGAGAAAAAUUGAAAAAAGUUUUGUUUGAUUCUGAAUUUGAUUUGUUUAAAAUGAAAAUUUUGGAAUUACAAAGAGAAAAGGGAAGAGACGGGAAUGAAGGGAAUGAAGAAAAAUUGGAAAGAAUUCAAGAAGAAAUACAUGAACAACAACCUUCAACUAGUGGAAUAAAUGAUUCAGAAUUUAUUUUAUUAAAACAACAACAAAGCUCAAGUAGAAGAAAUAGUUCAAAUUUAGAUUUUAUUAAGGAUGAUAAAACCAUACAAAGAAAUAUUGAGUUAUGGAACUCUGCCACAUUAAUUACAUCAACAACCCUUUCAUUACCAACAACUAGCGGCGACGAUUCGUCAGAACUUGAAAAAAUUGCUGCCACAGAUUCAAAUUCUAUUAUUGACGGUCGCUAUCAAUUUAAAAGAAAACAUGGCUGUAGAUACAAUGCACCAACCCCUCGUAAUUUACUCAAUGAGCGUCAACAACAUUUGUCUAUGCUUAAUGACGAGCUUAGCACUUUUCGCUGUUUUUCAGCGAGGUUUACUCAGGAAGUCUGCAAUGAACCAGUUAAUGAAGCCCCCACACAAAGGUUGAGGGGAUUUGUUGGCAGGCGUAUAGGCCGAGGAGGCCGCCAAAUAAUUGAUCUCUUUUAUUUACCUUCAAAUUCUUCUACUCCUCCUCCUCUUCUUCCUCCUCCCACAAAUAGCAGAAAUACUGAACGGAUCUCUUCCGCGAAGAAUGUAUAA